CGUUUCGUCAAGAUGGCGGCCCCCUGUGUCAAUGUUUAACAUUUUAGGUCGUGUGUUACGGUAUAUUUACUGGACAUUUUAUAGGAUACAUCAAAGGGUAUAAGUAUUAAAUUAAGUAGGGUGAUAACGUUAUGUCUAAUACUUAUUUCAGUUAAUGUGACUGUCGACAGCGAUAAUGAUAUCCAGCAUAAUAACAUUAGAUUCUGUAAAUAUGGAUGGAUAGCUAGUUAACAGUUACAUAUCUAAUUUAAUCGGUUAAUGUAAUUUUCCUGCCGCCGUUUAGUUUAUUUAUUUAAUCGACUUAGCUAUAUAUACUAGCUUGUGUCAAGCUUGGUUAUAGACCUCUCAAGGGUUUGCUUGAUAUUUGUUUAAACUUUAAUUAGUAAAAGACCUUCAGCUGUAAAAAUGACAGUAAUUUGGUCUCGGUUCUCGUGCAUUGUUUUGCUAAACCGUGGACAGAGGAACAUAAGUCUUUUCUCCAACACAACGCCUUCUAAUUGGAAUAAAGUGGUCUCGGAUGCAGAGAAAAUCGUGGGUUAUCCGACUUCUUUUAUGAGCCUACGCUGCUUGCUGAGUGAUGAACUCAGUAAUGUAGCAAUGCACGUGAGGAAACUGGUUGGAACAAAACACCCGUUACUCAACACUGCAAGGGGCUUCGUCUAUGACAGUAGAAACAACCUUCAGAUGAGGGGUCUGGUCGUCCUACUGAUGUCCAAGGCAGCCGGUCCCAGCCAGCACACAGCCUCAGACCUCCUCCCCCAGGACAUGGUCAGUGGCAUCUACCCCAGCCAGCGGAACCUGGCUGAAAUCACAGAGCUCAUCCACACGGCUUUCCUGGUGCACCGUGGGAUUGUCAACCUCAAGGAGUGGACCAACUCAGACGGACCCCUGAAGGACAUGCAGUUUGGAAACAAGAUGGCCGUUCUCAGUGGGGACUUCUUGCUCGCUAACGCCUGCACCGGACUGGCCCAGCUGAACAAUACUAAGGUUGUGGAGUUGAUCUCAAGUGCCAUUGGUGACUUGGUGCAGGGAAUCUACCAUGAGAUGCCCAACAGUUUGGAGGACAAGAGCCUGACUGAUGACAUCAACAUGGUUACGUGGGAGGAGCAGAGGUUCUUGUCCCAUGGUGCCUUGCUGGCGAAAAGCUGUCAGGCAGCAAUGGAGCUCGCCAAACAUGACAAAGAUGCCCAAGGACUGGCCUACAAAUACGGCAAGCAUCUAUCACUGGGCCACAAGUUGAACUCUGACCUGCAGCCAUUUGUGAAGAACAGUUCAGCAGGCCCAGUAACAUUCAGUUUGAACUCUGCUCCUGUGGUUUUCCACCGGCAGAUUGUGGGGCAGGAGAGAUGGCGUUAUCAGCUGCAACAGGCAAAACCUAUUGGAACUAUUGACUAUACAAAGCUGCGGUCCAUGAUCAAGUUGGAGGAAGGUGUCACCUCAACAAUUGACCUGUGUCAUUACCACGGUAACAAAGCUCUGGAGUCCAUCCAGUGUUUCCCUUCCUCUGAGGCACGCUCAGCUUUGGAGAACAUCGCUAGCACUGUCACAAAGUUCUGACCCCCCCAUUACCCUGUGUCCUCAGGAUGAAUUGCACAAACACACAAAAACAAUCUUUGUUCUAUUUAAGCCAAUCAGUGAGCAGAACUCAGUCCUGUAGACGUUUACCAGAAAUGAAACUACAGAUUGACAUUUAACGGUUUGCUAUUAAAACAGUUCCCAUCAAGUC